UCGCUUCGUAACAGUUGGCACUGCUGAGGCGCUAUAUAACAAAACAGAAAACCACCCAAGUCUUUUCCGCUACACCCGCCUGUUUUAUUAUUGGGAUGGCGCGCCGGACAGAGCACAGGGUGGGCACCCGCGUACCCAAAAAUAGCGCAGAUGGCGUCUACUCGCGUGACUCGGCACUUUCCGAACUGCAGGCGCCGCGCAGCACUUUUAUCUGACCGCAGAGUUAACGGUCGUUCAUAAAAGUGAGCCGCUGGCAUCGUCCGCACAGACCACUCUGAGCCACUGGCACUUUGAGCAAAGCUGAUGAAGAAGCAAGGAAACCUGGGACGUGCAGCCGACAGUGAGGUGAGGAUACAGCGGGAAGGAGAUGCGCACGGAAAGCUGACAUGAACGGCGUGCCGGAGCUGCCGCGGAGUGCUGGGGCAGCGACUGCCGUGCUGCUGCUUCUGGCGUCGCUGCAAGUGCAGAAAGUUCAAAUGUUGAUAACCACCCCACCAGAUAUCUGUGCCACCUGCCAUGAAAAUGCCACAUGCAGUGAGAAAGAGGAUGGCAGCGGCAAGAUCUGCAUUUGUAUGUAUGGGCUGAUAGGGAAUGGCCGAACGUAUUGCCAAGACAAAGACGAGUGCAAGAUUUCAUCUCUAAUCUGUGGUGAACACACUGUUUGCCAUAACACCUAUGGGAGCUUCUACUGCACCUGUCUCGAUGGAUACAGACCCUCAAGCAACACAGAACUAUUUAUACCAAAUGACGGCACACACUGUGAAGACAUCAAUGAGUGUGACAAUCAAGAGAUUUGCGGAGAUGGUGGAUUCUGCCACAAUUUCAAUGGAUCCUAUAACUGCACAUGCCAAGAAGGAUACAGUGUACAAAAUGGAAGCGAGCCAUUCAUCCGGCAUGUUGGUGGACCUUAUUGUAGAGCUGUUGACUGUGGGAUGCUGCCCAUUGUUAAGGAUGCUGUCGCUCCAGUUGCCUCCACCACAACCUACAAAAGUGCUGUGCGGUACACCUGCCAGAAGGGAACUGUGUGGAAAAGUGGAAACAACACUGCCAUAUGCAUGGCCACAGGGAUGUGGGGUGGCCCUACUUUGGUGUGUAAAGAAAUAGACUGUGGUCGUCCUCCAGCAGUGGCACAUGCCACAAUAGUUUGGACCAAUGGGAGUAGGCUGGGCAGUGUGGCGCAUUACCAGUGCAACCCUGGAUAUCACAGCGUUGGAGGAAGGAACUAUUCCAUGUGUGGGUUACAUGGCUUAUGGGAGGAGGCUUCUUUAUCGUGUAAUGGUGAGAGUAACAUUUCUUUAACCAAGUGGCAAUAUCAGUAUGGGUACCUCCCAGUUUGGUCUCUGGCCUUAUCCUGUCUGUACCCCAGGAGACCACCCAAACAGGAACCAGAAAUCACCUGUGUUAAAGCCUCUCUUUUCACCCAGACUGCAACUUGCUUUGUAGAAAUGGACUGUGGGCCUCCAGCUGUGCAUCCAGGAGCCACUGCUUGGUGGAACAGCACAAGGCCUGGCAGCUUGGCCAUCUAUCAAUGCAUGAGAGGCCAUUAUGAAGCUGGAGGAAAGAAUUUCUCUACAUGCUUGACAAACGGUUCCUGGGACAAUGCAUCUUUACUGUGUAAAGAAAUAGACUGCGGUCCUCCCCCAUCAGUGCUGCAUGCCUCAGUAGUGUGGACCAAUGGGAGUAGGCUGGACAGUGUGGCACAUUACCAGUGCAGCUUUGGAUAUCACAGCAUUGGAGGAAGGACCUACUCCAAGUGUGGGAUGCGCGGCAUCUGGGAUGAGGUUUCUUUAUCUUGUAAUGGUGAGAGUAACAUUUCUUUAACUGAAUGGAAAUAUCAACAUGGGUUCCCUUCCUGUGUGGUUUCUGACCUUACCUGUCUGAACCUCAGAAGACCACCCAAAUACGAACCAGAGAUCACGUCUGUUAAAGUCCCUGUUUUCACCCAGACUUCAACUUGCUUUGUAGAAACUAAUUGCGGGCCCCCAGCUGUGCAUCCAGGAACCACCACUUGGUGGAACAAUACAAGGCCUGGCAGCGUGGCAAUCUAUCAGUGCAUCAGAGGCCAUUCUGUAGUGGGAGGAAAGAAUUUUUCUACAUGCUUGACAAAUGGUUCCUGGGACAAUGCAUCUUUACUGUGUAAAGAAAUGGACUGUGGUCCUCCUCCAGUCGUGUCACAUGCCUCCGCCAUUUGGGAUGGCAGUACAAGGCUUGGCAGUGUUGUGUUUUAUGAGUGCAAAGAAGGAUUUCGUCAUGUCGGAGAGCGCAAUUUCACUGUGUGCACUGUGGAUGGUGACUGGGAAAAUAUCUCCUUAGUAUGUGAAGAAAUUUAUUGCAAAGUACCGCACCUCAUCCAGAAUGCUAAUCUGUUGUGGGAUGGUAGCAGACAUCCUGGAAGUUUGGCCUCAUACCAGUGCAAAGAAGGCUUCUAUUUCAAAGGCAGCAAAAAUUUCUCAAUCUGCAAUCUAAGAGGAAUCUGGGAUAGCAUUUCUGGGGAAUGUAAAGAGAUUGAUUGUGGCCCUCCUCCAUCCCUGCCAAACAUAACUCCACUGUGGAAUGACACUUUGGAUUUGAGAUAUGGAGCUGUGGUUUAUUAUCGCUGCACAGAGGGCUUCUACCAUGCAGGUGGGGACAAUUUCUCUAUGUGCGCAGCAAAUGGCUUAUGGCAGAUGACUUCCUUGCUCUGCAAAGAAAUCAACUGUGGAAAGCCUGCCUCCAUUCCUCAUGCCACUGUGUUGUGGAAUCAAGCAUCUCAACUGGGCAGCAAAGUUUAUUACAAAUGCCAAGAUGGAUUCUUUACACAUAGCAAAAAUAAUUACUCAAUGUGUGCAGCCGAUGGAAAGUGGGGACAAUUAAACUUUACAUGCAUAGAAAUUGACUGUGGAAUUGCACCCUCCCUGGCUAAUGCAGCUAUGACAGCAUCCAAUGGCACAGUGUUGGGAAGUGUGGCCCACUACCAAUGCAAUGAAGGCUUUAUAAAUAUGGGAGGAACCAAUGUUUCCAUUUGCACAGGCCAAGGAAAAUGGCUAUUGGCGACAUUAAUUUGUGAUGGAAUCAAAGAAGCUUCCCCUGUCAUCAGUGACCUUGUUAUUUUUGAUGAAAAAUGCAUAAAAUGGAAUGCACAGCGAGACAGAAGAGCAAAUGAGACAUACAAACUCCAUUUGAAAGGACUCCGUGUUUACCAAGAGGGAUUCUUGGAAGAAAUAGUGACUAAUUUCACUUCAUCUGAAGACUCACCAGAGCUCUGCUUGAACCUUCAUCCAGGAACUAACUAUUCCCUUCACAUCACUGCCUUGUCCACAGGGAUUUCCACACAGGCAUUCCUAAGUACAGAGAUAGGAGAUCCUGGAGUGCCAGAAAUUGUUUUCCCAAUAGCAGAAGAUCCAUUGCCUAGCUUCACUUUCCGAAAAAUGGCUGAUAUAAAUGGACCUAUAAGUCUAUACCAGGUAAUUGUUGCAUCUCAGGACAGAUCUUUGGACUUUGACUGUGGCUCCCAUAAUAUACCAAAUUUCUACAGCCAAGAUGAGAAUGAGCAGAUCUAUUUGGCAGCAGAAUUCCAUGCUGAGGAUUUAUCUGAAGAAGUGGUAUUUCUGAUUGGCGAUAGACGCUUCUUUGGGGAAUACUACAAUGCUCCUUUAGAUAAGAGCAGAGCUUACGUCAUUAUCCUGCGGGUCAUUAGCGAAUGGAAGCAGGUGCAAAAACAGUCCUGUGUCUUUUGGGUGCAGACUAAAGGUCCGUCAUACACCACACAGCACAUCACCAUCUUGGCUGUCGGCUCUGGGGUGCUUGUUGCAUUCUUUGUGUUCCUCGGCAAUUCCUUUGUGUGGUAUUGUGGUAAGAAGUAUCCUUGUGGCUGAUGGAAAUCAUCACUGACCAUCUCUCAUGCUGCUGCCCUGGGGUUACAUUACGACAUGAAGUGGAAUCAGAUCUAUGCACAUACUGUGCUUUCAUUUUUCACCCUUUGACUAACAUUCCUCAGAGAAGUGUCACUAAUGAUUGACAGCCACCAGUAAUCUUCAUGUUUUCCAGUAAUUCCAGCUGCAGGUCUUCUACCAGGGGUGGUAAUAAUGGACAUGUACAGUAAGAUGAUCACCCACUCUCCUCUUGUGUGUCUUAUCAGAGCUUUAGUUUGACUCACUGCAGCUCCCCACAAUGUGCACAAAAUCAGACAUGCAGAUAACACUCCGGUAUAGCACAAGUCUGUGUGAUUACCCCCCACAUUGUGCGAAACCAUAUGAGAGGCCUGAUGAUUAGUGCUAAAUUAGUAUUAGUAAGGAACAAUGGGUUCCAUUGCCACUGUAAUUAUUAUUAUUAAAUAUAAUUUAUUCAUUUCCUUUUAUUAUUACUUCUGCAAAAUUAUAUGUUAAAAUCUGCACAGAAAUCACAAUUACUGUCUGGGAGCGUAGUGUCAGUGGGUAUCAUAGCCUCUUUAUGCUACAUUUUUUUAAGGUAUCAUUUACUAUAUCUUUUAAACUGAAAUCAUUAUCUUGCACUGUAACUUGUACAUUUAACUUUGGGUCUGGGUAUCUUACAUAUUAAUAAAUUUUACAGAUAAU